AUGGCAAAAACCGCCGAAGCACCAAAAACUCGCAAGCCAUAUGAAGAAAUUGGCGCAAUAUUCAAUGGAAAUGAGGUUAAAAUAAGAGUACCAAAAAGCACUUCAAAACCACCGAAAUUAACACCGUCUCAACUCAAGUUGCAGCAGCAAUGCACGUGUGAUGAUGGCCGCUCUAUCUGCUCGGAGACUUGCGGCUUUCCAGGUCAGGAAGCGGAGACUUGCGGCUAUGAAGGUCGACGAGGCAACAUGCUUAAUGUUCAAGUUCCUGACGAUAUCUGUGAGGCACUAACCAAUCGGACGGCACUCAACUCCGAGCUCGUAUACAACAUGAGAGAGGGUCAUGACAAUCUAUGUAAAGUAUGCAAUGUUACACCCAAGGACGCUCCUAAGGGUGUUCAGGCACAGAAGGUGCUACAUCCUGACAAGGACGUAUUUAUUCUAAAAAUUGGGAAGCAGACUGAUGAACCUAACCGCACUGGAAAUAUAGAAGUAGAAUUGGUGACUCCUCGUGCACCGGGAAAAGCAAUGCCUGCCACCCACUGCUGUAAACAAAUACAAUGUGAGGAAGAGGACAUUCCAUUUUGCAUGCCGUGCAGGACUUGUCGCGUUCCUGUACGAAGGAAGAGAAAGAUCAGGCGUGCUCAAUAUUGCACAUAA